AUGCCUUAUAUAGGAAAAGUCACGGAAUUUUCGGAAGGAAAGGAAUCAGUGAACGAAAUCAAGAAUGAAAAGAAGCCUAUCAAAGGAUUCAAAGCCAGCAUAAAACUCAAAGAAAAUGAACAAGCAUGGUUUCACAAGGCAAGGCCAGUGCCCUAUGCAGCUAAAGAGAAGUUCACACAAGAAUUGAAUAAACUUAAUGAGGAAAAAGUGAUAGAACCAGUAGAGCACAGCGAGUGGGCUCCACCGUUAGUGGUAGUACCUAAAGCUGACAAAAAGGCUAUACGACUUUGUGGUGACUACAAGGUAUCAGUUAAUCGGGAUAUAAUCGAGGAACAAUACCCGUUACCAAGCGUUGAAGAUAUGAUCGCUACAUUGGCUGGUGGAAAGAAGUUCUCGAAACUGGACUUGGCACAAGCAUAUGCACAGUUAGAGCUUGAUGAAGCUUCAAACCACUGUUAA